UUUAACCAGAAUUAAGAUGGCUAUGCGUGAAUAACCGUGUCCUUACAGAAUCAUUGAUGAUUUUGGAGGAGCUUUCUCGAUGGGAUGCUUUGCUGGAUGCAUAUUCUAUUUCUUAAAAGGCAUGUCAUUUGCUCCGAAGAAAGAGAGAUUUUUUGGAGGAAUCUAAUUAUUAAAAAGAAGAGCUCCAAUUUUGGGAGGAUCUUUUGCUCUUUGGGGAGGAUUAUUUAGUAUCACAGAUUGUACUCUUAUGCAUCUGAGAAACAAAUAAGAUUAUUUUAAUCCUAUAAUAGCUGGAGCAUUUACAGGUGGAUUUUUAGCAAUUAGAGGUAUUAUCCUUAAAUAAUAAUGAUAGCUGGUACUAGAAUUGCACUUAGAAAUGCAAUAUUUGGAGGCAUUAUCUUAGGCUUCAUAUAAUUAGCAGAAGUAGGAAUGCUUAAAAUGUAAAUGAGAGAAGAAAUGAGAAGAAUGCAAUAACAAUAAUAAUAAUAAAUGUAAGAAAUGCAAGAAAUGAUGGCAAUGCAAGUUUAACAGCCAACAAGUAAAAAAUAAUAGCCGAAGGUUGAAAAAUAUUGA